AACAAUAUAUGUACACAGGCAGUGUGUGUGCUGGAUGACCACCCCCUGUGAUGUAAAAUAUGAGAGUCUGGGAGCUACUGUGUUAUAAUUCAUUCAGCAAUUGAAUGUUGUUGGUUUGCUUAGUUAUAAAGGCAAGUGUGAACUGAACAGCAGACAGGAGAAUCUUGUAUUAAGAAUCUUGAGAAGCUGCAUUUAGUGCCUGGUCUCUCUGCUUUUGUUCAAGCAAAUUCUGUCUUCGAGUACGCUCGAUUUGAGGCAAAAAUCCAUGAUCUACGCGAGCAGAUGAUGAACCACAGCAUGAGUUCUGGGUCUGGCUCCCUGAGAACCAAUCAGAAGCGGUCACUCUACGUCAGAGCUAUGUUUGACUAUGACAAAAGCAAGGACAGUGGCCUCCCAAGUCAAGGACUCAGUUUCAAAUUAGGAGACAUCCUCCACGUUAUCAACGCCUCUGAUGAUGAGUGGUGGCAGGCGAGGAGGGUCACUCAGGAAGGAGACAGUGAGGAGAUGGGAGUUAUACCCAGCAAAAGGAGGGUUGAAAGAAAGGAGCGUGCACGUUUGAAGACUGUGAAGUUUAAUGCGAAACCUGGUGUGAUUGAUGCAAAAGGGUCAUUCAAUGACAAGCGUAAAAAGAACUUCAUCUUUUCACGAAAAUUCCCAUUCUACAAGAACAAGGAACAGAGUGAGCAGGAAACAAGUGAUCCAGAACGGGGACAGGAAGACUGCAUCCUAUCCUAUGAACCUGUCACAAGACAGGAAAUUAAUUACACCAGACCCGUUAUUAUUUUGGGUCCUAUAAAAGAUCGGCUCAAUGAUGAUUUGAUAUCUGAAUUCCCUGAUAAGUUUGGAUCAUGUGUACCACAUACCACAAGACCGAAGCGUGACUAUGAAGUGGAUGGGAGAGAUUAUCAUUUUGUCACUUCGAGGGAACAAAUGGAAAAGGAUAUCCAGGAGCACAAAUUUAUAGAAGCUGGGCAGUACAAUGAUAAUUUAUAUGGGACUAGUGUGCAGUCUGUGAGAUUCGUAGCAGAACGGGGCAAGCACUGUAUACUUGAUGUAUCAGGAAAUGCUAUUAAACGGUUACAAGCUGCACAACUCUACCCCAUUGCUAUCUUCAUUAAACCUAAAUCAUUGGAGCCACUAAUGGAAAUGAAUAAACGUCUUACAGAGGAACAAGCCAAGAAAACCUACGAGCGAGCACUUAAAUUAGAACAAGAAUUUGGAGAAUAUUUUACAGCUAUUGUCCAAGGAGAAAGCUUAGAAGAAAUAUAUAAUCAAUGCAAACUUGUAAUUGAAGAACAAUCUGGGCCUUUCAUCUGGAUUCCUUCAAAGGAAAAGUUAUAAAUUAGCUACUGCACCUCUGAUUAUGAUGGAAGAAUAUUUAGAAGAAAACUACACUAUGCUAUUUUGAGGCUUUUCUGUUUUUGUUGCAUUUAUGUUCUUGCAGUCAAUGUGAAUUUUUAUGAAUGUACAACACAAAGUGUUUGAAGCCAUGAAGGACAGUGAUGGGUCAAAAGGGUAGGAACAGAAAGACUUUUACCAUACAAAGCAAAUCUGUUGUGUGCGCAAAAGACCUGUUGUAGGUAUAAACUUUUGACAUGGGGACCCUCUGCCAAAGGGAGCUAGCCACCUACUGCACCCACAUGGACAUCGUGAAUGAUUUCAGUGGCUGAGCUCAGCGUGUUGAUCGGUUUAAAGAGAAGUUUCUCAGCUCCUGAACCUUGUGUAGGGCUUGAGCCUGCAAGGGGCUGAACACCUGACCCCGGUUCAUACACCUGUGGGUAGUCCCAUUGAAGUCAGUGGUACUAAGCAUGUGCUUAAGUGUUUUGAUGGAUCAGGGCCACGUGCACCUUGCUGGAUUGAGCCCAUAGAACCUGUUCCAACUCCUAUUGAAGUUAAUGGAAAGAUUCCCAUUGACGUUGGAUUGGGUGCUAAGCUUGUCAUUGCACAUCAGUAGUUGGUACACCUUGACUUUGGUAACUAUGCACAUGUCUUGAUUUCCAAAACCAAGUCAAGCAUUUCUUUCUCCCCUUUGGACACACUAUUAUAUCAGGAAAUAACCCCCUGUAGUUUAUUUCAAUGGAAUUUGGUGUUGGGAAGAGAACAGAAGCAUUUCACGUCACACACAUACCCACUCACACGUGUGAGGAUUCACAGUACCUAAACUGACAAGGAGGGAUACAACUGGGAAAAGCUUUAAAAUUUUAGAUUGUCUAUUUUAUCAUUUAUACUGAUAGAAGGCACUUAAUGAUGGAAUAAUUUAUAAAAAUUAAAAUAUAUUGAUGUAUAGAAACUAAUUUCUAUAGGUGAAAAAUGUUUUGUGAGAUAUUUUGUAAAGAUUAAUUAAUUGAAAGAUUAAAUAUUUGCACCCUGGUCUGGCUGUAAAAUGUAAAGAGGACCUUCAAGUUGCACUAUCCCUUUUUGCAACAAAUUAUCUAGUAAUAUUAUCAAACCAUAUAAUUUCUUAAAUUUUAGAUGGCAAUUUGCUUUUUUUUUUUUCAACUUAAUCCUUCUCUUUCCUGUUAUUUAAUCAUGAUAAAUUCCCAUGCAAGGAAUUCAAAUUUACUCCCUACAGGGUUUUUUUGUUGUUACUGUUUUGGAAAUACUAGGAUGAUGCAUCUUUAAAUUGAAACAGAUGAUUUUUCAGAGGCAAAAUGUCAGUGACUUGAAUGCAGUAUAUUAUUUUCUCUCUUGAAGGGAGCCAUAAUCUUCACUGGAAAACAUUUUAUAAUCAUUCCUUAUGCUGUAAGUGAAAUGCCAGAAGCAUUUAGUCCUUUUUGCUGGUAGGCCACUGACUAACUUGUGUCAUCAUUUCAUUUCACAGUCAACAGGGGUUGUCACCAGCCUGGGGCAAUGGACAUUUGUGGAGAAUUUGGGGAAAAUCCGUGGAAUUUCAGCUUGGGGU